CUCAUUUGUGAAAAACUAGAACCUCUUCCAAACUAAGUUUCUAACCAACACUACUGUGAUGGCUAUUCGUUUGUCUAGUGCAUUGAGUGCUAAACGCAUUCUCCGCGGAUCCAGUCUUUUUACAAAUCAAGCUGCUGCUAGUACAUCACUGGAUGUGCCUAAAGGGUACUUUGCUGUGUAUGUAGGAGAGAGUGAAAAGAAGAGAUUUGUGAUUCCAGUGUCAUUGUUGAUUCAACCCUCAUUUCAAGAACUGCUAAGUAUAGCAGAGGAAGAAUUCGGCUUCAGUCAUCCAAUGGGUGGCCUCAUAAUUCCCUGCACAGAAGACAUUUUUGUUGAAGUCACCUCAGGCCUACACAGACUAUGAUAUGUUAAGCAGCUAAAAGUUAAUACAAAUACAAAGUUUAAGUUUUUUUCUUUUUAGGUUUUAGCCUCAACAUGGAAAAGAUUAUACAAAGAAAAAUGACACUAAUACAAGACUAUACUCUAUAUAUUGUUUCUAGUUUUUUACUCUCUUGUUUUGGUUCUUUCAAUGUGAACUCGAAGCCUGUGUUGUAGAUGAGUCCCACAUUGAAAUGUUAUAAACUAUUGUCUUGGUUUAUAAAUCCCCACUCAGUGGAAUUGGACAUCUCGCCGGGGCGUGUGGAGUUGGGCAACAACACGUGGUGCAUCAAACCCUAAUCCCACCUCGUUCAGAGGUUUAAGAUUAGUAGCUGGGUCUUUCUCCGGAGUUUCCCCACGUUGUCAAAAAAAGAAACUCCGAUGCCUUCCACGUGUGAGUCCAACAGUGGAAUCUGGAGGGGGCUUUGCAGGUAUGGGUUGCCCACAUCACUUAGUAUCAUGUGUCGCGAUCCAUGGUUUCCUCGCUUCCUCCCCCACGCCCCACUUU